UGAAAUUCUACAUUUAUUGCUUUGUUUGCUUUUUUAUUUCAUUCGCAAACGCAAAAUGGCGGACGGCGGCGUGGAUAUUGAUCUUUACGCUGAUGAUAUUGAAUCUGAUUUUAAUAGACAGGAUGAAUUUGGAGGCGAAAAUGUGGAUUUAUACGACGAUGUGAUCGCUGCUCCAGCAGUGAAGCCCGAAGAUGGCAGCGGACCGCCAAAUUCUGGCCCUCCGCAGCACGAUCAACCUGAGGAGUCCAACGGCAACGCUCUAUAUCAUAACAACGGCCCAAGCCACGGACAUCAUGGCCGCCGAUUCCAGCUUUACGUCGGCAACCUCACCUGGUGGGCAACAGACCAAGACAUAGCCAACGCUGUCGGUGAUGUGGGAGUGAACGACUUCCAAGAUGUCAAGUUCUUCGAGAACAGGGCUAAUGGUCAGUCGAAGGGGUUCUGCAUCAUUUCCCUGGGCUCUGACCAGUCGGUCCGAAUGGUUUUGGACCGUCUGCCGAAGAAAGAGAUUCAUGGGCAACAUCCAGUAGUAACAAUGCCUACUAAACAGGCUUUAAACCAAUUUGAGAGUCAAUCAAAAACGCGAUCAACCCCACCUGGACCCAUGAGGGGACCACAUCCAGGAGGUCCGCCCGGACCUCACCCAGGAGAUUUCUUCGGGGGCGGCCCCAACGGACCAGGGCCGAAUGGGCCACGCAUGAUGAUGCCAGGGCCCGGGCCGCACCACCAGAUCCGCGGGCCCCCGCCCGGCCUGCCGCACGGGCCCCCGCAUCACAUGCCGCAGCACCAGGGCCCGCCGCCCCAUCACAUGCAACACCAAGGCCCUCCCCCACAUCAAGGCCCGCCACCGCAUAGGCCUCCUAUGCAGUUCCAAGGGCCGCCCCAGAUGCAGCGCGGCCCAGGCCCGCGGCCAGGCCCUGAGUGGGGCCCCCGGGGUCCCCCGCACGCUCCGCACCCCCCGCACCACAUGCCGCAGCCUCAGUAUGGCCCUCCGCAACAUCAGUUGCCCCCGCAUCAAAUGCCGCCACCUCAUGCGCAUUCUCCGGAUUUGUUCCAGCCGCCUGGUCAAGGUUUGCCGCCGCCACACCACCCUCUACCGCACCAGGGCCCGCCUAGGGGCCCUGCGCCCAUGCCGCAGCAUCCAGGAGUGGGUCCGGGUGCGCCGGCGCCGCACGUGAACCCCGCGUUCUUCAACCAGCAGCCGGGUGUGCAGCCUGCGCCGCAGGUGCAGCCGCCGCAGCCUGGCGUGCAAGGUCCAGGAGCCCCGUACGGCCACCCACCGCCUGCGGCUCAGGGUCCGCCACCUGGAGCCCGACAGCCCUAUGGUCGACCACCACAGAGCUACCCCCCGGCGGAGGCGGCGCGCGCGCCGCUGCACGCGGCGGCGCCGCAUCCCGCGCACGCGCCGCCGCACGCGCCGCAUCCCGCUAUAUCGGAAGCUGAGUUUGAAGAGGUGAUGAACCGCAACAGAACGGUGUCGUCGAGCGCGAUCGCGCGCGCCGUGAGCGACGCGGCCGCGGGCGAGUACGCCUCCGCCAUCGAGACUCUCGUCACCGCCAUCUCGCUCAUCAAGCAGAGCAAGGUGGCCCACGACGACCGCUGCAAGAUCCUGAUCUCGUCGCUGCAAGACACGCUGCACGGCGUGGAGACCAAGUCGUACAGCAGCGGCGAGCGGCGGCGCUCGCGCUCCCGGGAACGCGACGCGCGAGCGCACCAUCGCGCGCCGCGACGACGAGACCGCUCCGCCAGCCGCUACCGCGAGAGGAGUCGCGAGCGCGAGCGUGAGGAUAGAGACAGGUACAGGGAAAGGUCGCGGGACCGGGAACGCGAGCGGGACGCAUACUACAGAGACUACAGGGAGCGGGAACGCGAUCGUUCCAGGUCUAGAGACAGGGAACGCGCCGACCAUUACAAUAGGGGACACAGCAGGGAAGAGAGGCCUCGCAAGUCGCCGGUGGAGCCUGCGGCGGAGGCGGGCGCGGGCGACGCCAGCAGCAAGGGCCGGGCGGCGCCCUACUACGACGAGCGCUACCGCGAGCGCCGCGACCGCGACGCGCUGCCCGCCGAGCGCGAGCGCGAGCGCGACCACCGCCGCGACCAGCGGCACUAGCGUCGGCACUGCGGUCUUAUGGGUGGAGCAGAAAUGAGCCCACCGACACUAAGGCUUCAAAUUAUAGAUUGUUAAUGGAGUCUGACGACUUUUUGAUGCGAGGCACAUUAUCUCUCUCAUCUGUGACCGACCUCUCUUAUGUAUUGUUAUAGAUAUACCUUUUACAACACAAAAAGGAGAGGUCAUGCCAGUGUUAAGCUUCAUGCCUACAUCUGUCCCUAGUGUUAGUACGCCUAUUUCUGUUCCACCUACGUUAUGCCGGUUAUAUACUAUCGGCGAACUCAGACAGAUACCGACGCGAAUGUUGUGAGAUUUUUUUAACGCAAGAAAAACCUGCAAUGUACGCCGAUACCGACAAGUUUGAAGGACUGCUUGCCGAUAAUGUAUAACCGACAUUAGCCUUACACUACUACCUAACUGGUAUAUUCCAUAGUCUCAUUCGUUCACUAGACGCGCGCUUAGCGAAAACGGGACACUUUCGGUGUCUAGUGUGAGUUUUUAAUUCGCUUUACAAUUCUUGCGUAUGCGUAACAAUGAAGUUUGCUACAUAGACAUGACACUAGAACGAACUUCCAAAGGCGAAACCAUGAACAUUUAGUGGUAAAGACUAAAACUCAACGUCAUUUAACUAUUACCAAACAUUGAAACUGGACAAUUAUUUGCCAAGUAUCAAUAGAUAGAUGUGUAAUAAAAAUAAUAAAGCCAGUAUGAUAAAUCCCUUUUAAACUAGAUUGUUCCACAAACUGCUGCUGAUAGAAGUUUGAAGGUGAUUUCUGUAUUCUUAUCUUUCUAUUCUGAACUGUUCAUUUAUCAGAUAACAAUUAGGUGAUAUUUUUUCUUUUUGUACUUUCGAUCAGUGUAUAAACAAAGCGUACAUUAAUUUGUGGGAUAUUUGACUUAUAUUUGUGAAGGGUUAAGUUUAUUUAUACUUAGCAAUCAACAAUUGGAAGAGUUACAUUCCAAAAACGCCUUUUAAAGAAAUUGAAUGUAUAAUUUAGACACUAUUGUAUAAAUCUGCUUUUCUUGUUUUUUGACGUUACAAAGAAAUAUAAUUAAGAAAUACUAGGUUGUAAUCUUAGUUGUUAGUAUUUGUAUGGAAUAUUCCAUACUACACUGAUUUAGGAUAUAAUUUGAAAAAUAAAUUGAUGUAAUAAUA